ACCACACCAGCAGCAGCUCCGUCCACGUGCGAAGAAGCUGCCGCCUCAAAGUUGAUCGUCACUUCAGUGCCGCCAUCCCGUCCGUGCUUACUCGAUCGAUAGUGUCGCGCAUUCUGAUUCCCAAGCGUAGAACCAGAGGCGCGGAAGGCGAUAAUCCUUCUUGGAGAGUUCGGCUUGUUGCAGGGGACUCCAUUUUUACCCGGAGAAAGGGAGAGUUCAUUUAGCAGGUGCUGAAAAGUCGCCUAGUGCUACAGCACCUGCUAGGAUAAAAAAGUCCUUCCAGCCAUGGCUCUCCUCCCAACGCAUCACCUAGCGCCAUUAGGACUCCAUGACACAAGGAGUACGAAGGCAUCUCUCCGCCCUGCAUCGCGAAAGUCCCCCUCGCAGCGAGAACGCCUCGCGUGAUUCUAGGAAGCCCGCCGCUCCUCUCCCCUCCCACUCCCUCUUCCCUCCCCCCCCCCCUCCCUUCCCCGCCCUCUCCGCCGUCCCGCCCUCCCCGCCCUUUCCCCUCCUCUCCCCUCCACAUUCACCUACACGGAUCGGUGACAUGUGCGCGCCGUACUGCGGCGGCUUCUGCUUGUAGCGGCUUCUGCUGCUGUCAGGCAGUAGAUUUGCCGUAUAGGCUAGACCGUCGAUUUGCUCUCGAUACGACAUUCCACACAAGGCUUAGGCGCUGUAGUAGCCGCCAGGCUGUCCGCGUAGUCCUAUAAUGUCUUUCGCUCCCGCCGCGACAUGAAAUGGCUGCGCCCGACGCCGCCGCAGACAGGCGGCCAGCCGGAUCGACCGGUCAACCCCCGAAACCCGGUCAACGCGGUGAGCCCAGUCAACCCUGUCAACCCAGUCGAUGCGCCCAAAGCUAUGGAGAAGACAGUCAGGCCGUGGACGAAGUACCUUCGCGUGAUCAAAACGACUGUGACAAAAUCGAGCGCAGCAAUAAAGUACAGCCAUGUCAGCCAGGUCCAUCAUGCCACGUGUUCGGCGGCAUCGUCCACGUCAGCGCUCAAGCCGCUCCCGCCCUGCCCCUGGAGCCAGCCUUGGAUGACGGAUCCGCCGUACGCUCCCACGUGUACGAUCUACUCCGCGAGGCACGCCGCCAUUGGCGGGCUGGCGCCGCCGAAUGCGGCGUGGAAUACGGCGGCAUCGGUUCCCUCGCCGCAUUCGGCGGCGACGGCCACUGUGCGGGGAAUCGUGGCGGCGGUAGCGGAGGAGGGGGUGAAGAGCCGAGCCUGGAGGCUCGGUUCAGGCUCGGGACGGAGCUGGGGCGAGGCCAUUUCGGCGUGGUGCGGCUCUGCGAAGACCGGCGAACCGGCGAGCGGUUCGCCUGCAAGACCGCUCUCAAGUCGCAAAUAACUACUCCCGAGGCCAUGCGCGAGUUACGCGCGGAAGUGCUGAUUCCGCUGCUGUUGCAAGCCGCGCGCGGGGAAGAACAGGCGCAUGCAGCGCGCGGGGUAAAACAGGCGCAAGCAGCGCGCGCGAGGGAAGGAGGUGAAGCAUCGCAGGGGGGGAAACAGGCGGGCGCAGGGCGCAGCAAAGGCUGGAAAGCCAUUGGAUGCGGGGAAGGAACGGUGAAAGCAGCGCGCGGGGAAGAGGGCGAGGCAGCGCGAGAGGAGCAGCGGAGUACAGAGGGGGGGCAUGGGGGAAGGCAAGGGGAAUAUCAGUGGCGGGGAGUGUCAGGCGCGCGGUGUUUGAAGUUCGUGCGGAUAACGGACGUGGCUGACGCGGACCGGAACACUGCUGAUGCUGACUGCUAUAACGCGGAUGAAAAUGGGGUUGGAUCUACAAAAAGGAGUGAAUAUGCUUACAAGACGCGAAAUGAAGUUAAUGAAAAUGAGUUCGUGCGUUUGGUGGAUGUUUUCGAGGACCACUCUGCGGUGCAUCUGGUGAUGGAAUACUGCGAGGGAGGGGAUUUGUUCGACCAUGUGGCGCGACAUGAGAGGCUGGAUGAACGCCAAAUUUGCCACAUAAUGAGGCAACUCGCGGCAGCAGUGGCACGGAUGCACGAGAGGGGAAUAGUGCACCGCGAUCUGAAGCCGGAAAACAUCCUCCUUACAAGCAGAUCCAGUUACUCGAACAGUAAUCUCUUCACCAGGAGCUGCUGCCACAUGGAUUCUGGAGAGGCUUCAGCUGUUAGUCUAUGCCCAUCCUUUCUAUCAGCAAACUCGUUAACAGCACAGUGCAUUGAGGUAAAGAUUGCUGAUUUUGGGUUGGCGAGGGUGUUACAACGCGGGUGCAGGCUGCAUGGAAUGGUGGGGAGCCCUUUUUACAUGGCCCCUGAGACAGUAAGGGGAAGGGAGUAUGGAGAGGAGGUGGACGUGUGGAGUUUAGGUGUGAUAAUGUACACUUGCCUCUCCGGUACACUACCGUUUUACGGUAAGAACCAGAAUGCAGUAUUCGCUGCGGUUUGCAGGGGAGAGGUGGAUCUGGAGACGGGCCAACCCUGGACACUGAUCUCGCAUGAGGCGAAGGAACUCAUCCGUCGGAUGCUGGACGUGGACCCCAAUCGACGGAUCCGAUCAAGCAGCAUCCUGCACCAUCCAUGGUUUGAGCUGCAGCAUCAAAGCCAGCGCUACCAUCAGCAGCAGCGCCAGCACUGCCACCAUCACCAGCAGCAUCAGAAGGACCGGCAUACUCACCAGCACCAGCAGCACCAUCACCAGCAGCAUCAGCAGCAUCAGCAGCAUCAGCAGCAUCAGCAGCACCAGCAGCAUCAGCAGCAUCAGCAGGAUCAACAGCAUCAGCAUCGUCACCCGCAUCGGAUGGGCCAGCAUACUCACCAAGACCAGCAGCAGCAGCACCAGCACCACCAUCACCAGCGCCAGCAGCACCAGCAGCGCCAGCAGUGUAGCAAGGCAGCAGCAGCAGAGGCAAACUCCAGAAGCAGCACCAGCUCCGAUGGGGUCAUCAGUAGAGAUGGCGCCACAACCAGCAUGCCUACGGAACCUUCUACACCUUCAGAGUCUACACCUUCUGAACAAUCAACAGCCCGCAACACAACCCCACCACUUUCACUGCUAUCAAUUUCUCCCCCAUCCUCGCCUCCCCUCUCAACAACCUCCAAUAAUCAGCGUCCUUUGACCUCCCCUUCAGCUCCUAGAGUUUCACCCCGUAAGUCUUUCCUUUCAGAUCCUUCAGGUGUUUUGCUUUCAGCCCCCGGAAAUUUCCACUCGGAUCCUUCUGGUGAUUCGUUUUUAGCCCCUGGAGCGUUCCCAGUUCAGUGCUCCUUGACCGAGGUAAAGGCCAGCCAAUCACAGCGCAGGGGCAGGUUUAUGAUAUUUUCUGCACCGUCGUCUCCUGUUCCUGUGGCGGGUUGCAAACAUAAAUUAGGUGGUGUUAUUAGUGGUGUGUCUGGGCUCUCAUUAUCGUCGGAGGAUGGAUCGGUGCAUAAAGUUACCGAGAGUGGUGUUGGGAGGUUUAGUCCACAAUCUGUUCUAGAUGGUGCUAAUUUCGGAAUGUAAGAUGUUGAUGGGUGUAGUUGCUACCAAGCUUAUAGUCUAACCAUUUGAUGCAUAGGCCGUUACCAAUGUUAGUAUAGAAGCUCAUUUACUGUAGUAUGGACACGACGGAGAUAGGGUAGCUGUUGCGCAUGGAUUGUAGUAGUAGACUAGGCUAUGUUAUGCUAGUAACGACCAAGUAGAACUUGAAUGUUGG